CGGACCUCGAGGCCGUGCUGGCCGAUGUCAGCUACCUGAUGGCGAUGGAGAAGAGCAAGGCGACCCCGGCCGCCCGCGCCAGCAAGAAGAUCGUGCUGCCGGAGCCCAGUGUCAGUAUAAAGCUAAAUACAUCCAUGGUAUCCGAAAGGGAGAGCCCCAGACAGCACAGAUCAAAACAGAACAUCUUACCCAUCACCACUGGCAGUGAAAAUAUGCUACUAACUUCAUCCCUGAGAACUGACAAUCAAAAAGUAUCCGGAGUGUGAUGCAGAAGUAUCUUCAGGAGAGAAAUGAAAUCACCUUUGACAAGAUUUUUAAUCAGAAGAUUGGUUUCUUGCUAUUUAAAGAUUUUUGUUUGAAUGAAAUUAAUGAAGCUGUACCUCAGGUGAAGUUUUAUGAAGAGAUAAAAGAAUAUGAGAAGCUCGAAAAUGAGGAAGACCGCCUUUGCAGAAGCCGGCAAAUUUAUGACACCUACAUCAUGAAGGAGCUCUUGUCUUGCUCACACCCGUUCUCAAAGCAAGCCGUAGAGCAUGUUCAAAGUCACCUAUCCAAGAAACAAGUGACAUCAACUCUUUUCCAGCCCUACAUAGAAGAAAUUUGUGAAAGUCUUCGAGGCAACAUUUUCCAAAAAUUUAUGGAAAGUGACAAGUUCACUCGAUUCUGUCAGUGGAAAAACGUAGAAUUAAAUAUCCAUUUGACCAUGAAUGAUUUCAGCGUGCACAGGAUCAUUGGACGAGGAGGAUUUGGUGAAGUGUAUGGUUGCAGGAAAGCAGACACUGGAAAAAUGUAUGCAAUGAAAUGCUUGGAUAAGAAGAGGAUCAAGAUGAAACAAGGAGAAACAUUAGCCUUAAAUGAGAGGAUUAUGUUGUCUCUUGUGAGCACAGGGGAUUGUCCUUUCAUUGUCUGUAUGACCUAUGCCUUCCAUACUCCAGAUAAGCUCUGCUUCAUCUUGGAUCUGAUGAACGGAGGCGAUUUGCACUAUCACCUUUCACAACAUGGGGUGUUUUCGGAGAAGGAGAUGCGGUUUUAUGCCACGGAAAUCAUCCUGGGGCUGGAGCACAUGCACAGUCGGUUUGUGGUUUACAGAGAUCUGAAGCCUGCAAAUAUUCUCUUGGACGAACAUGGACAUGUCAGGAUAUCUGAUCUCGGUCUCGCCUGUGACUUUUCCAAAAAGAAGCCCCAUGCGAGUGUGGGCACCCAUGGGUACAUGGCUCCUGAGGUCCUGCAGAAGGGGACAGCGUAUGACAGCAGUGCCGACUGGUUCUCCCUGGGCUGUAUGCUUUUCAAGCUCCUGCGAGGGCACAGCCCUUUCAGACAACACAAAACCAAAGACAAGCACGAGAUAGACCGAAUGACCCUCACCGUGAAUGUGGAGCUCCCAGAGGCCUUCUCCCCGGAACUGCGGUCCCUUCUAGAAGGCCUGCUCCAGAGAGACGCCAGUAAGCGGCUCGGCUGCCACGGAGGCGGGGCACAGGAAGUGAAGGAGCACAUCUUUUUCAAAGGCAUCGACUGGCAGCAAGUCUACUUACAAAAGUACCCUCCACCUUUGAUUCCCCCCCGGGGAGAAGUCAAUGCUGCCGACGCCUUUGACAUUGGCUCCUUUGAUGAAGAGGAUACCAAAGGCAUCAAGCUUCUUGAUUGCGACCAAGAUCUCUACAAGAACUUCCCCUUGGUGAUCUCCGAGCGCUGGCAGCAGGAAGUAGCAGAAACAGUUUAUGAAGCAGUAAAUGCAGACACGGAUAAAAUCGAGGCCAGAAAGAGAGCUAAAAAUAAGCAACUUGGACACGAAGAAGAUUACGCUCUAGGAAGGGACUGUAUCAUGCACGGGUACAUGCUGAAGCUGGGGAACCCGUUCCUGACUCAGUGGCAGCGUCGCUAUUUUUACCUCUUUCCCAACAGACUUGAGUGGAGAGGAGAGGGCGAGUCCCGGCAAAGUUUACUGACAAUGGAACAGAUUCUGUCUGUGGAAGAAACUCAGAUUAAAGACAAAAAGUGCAUUUUAUUGAGGAUAAAAGGAGGAAAGCAAUUUGUCUUGCAAUGUGAGAGCGACCCCGAGUUUGUGCAGUGGAAGAAGGAGCUGACGGAAACCUUCACGGAGGCUCAGCGGCUGCUGCGCCGUGCCCCCAAGUUCCUCAACAAGUCCCGGCCCAGCGUGGUGGAGCUCUCCAAGCCGCCUCUCUGCCACAGGAACAGCAAUGGACUCUGACGCCCUGGACGGGAGGGCCCCGGGGAGACGGGGCCGCGAGGAAGCCCGCACUGGGGGCUUUCAGCCCUUGACGGGGAGCCUUUUGGAGAAGUCCGGGGGUCAGAGGUUCGGUCCGCUUGUCCCUGGGGCCCUUCCACAGCUGGCAGGACCCAGGUCGCCGAGGUGCUCCUUGUAGGAGCUGUGCCCAUGGUUGGGCCCGGCCGGCCUCCCAUCCCUCCUGAGUGCCUCCUGCACAUGACUCUGUCCACGCUCGAAACUACUGAAGAGACAAACAGAAGUUCUUUUCCUUUCUUGCACACCUGUUUGGGUAGACGUGAACCUCGAACUUAAAAUGUCUGUAUGUCUGAUAGCAAACAUAUCUUAGACUUGCCAAGACGGAGGGCAGCCCCCUAUGGCAGGUGCCAGGUGACCCGAGGGCCGCCCUGUGUCUCUGCUGGGCUCCUCCGUGUCCGCUCGCGCUCCUGGGCCCUGGGAGGUCAGCGCGCAUUUCCUCCGUGCGCUUCAGCACCAACCAACGUCCUGAUGCCCCACGUGGCGAGCUGAGGAUAGUUUCUGAGAAGGUUGCUCUCCGGCCCCUGCCCUGCUGCGGCCCCACCCAGGUCCCCGCCUGGGUCCCACAGGGAACAGAGGGAGCGUGCCCUCAGAGGACUUGGGGGUCGCUCAUCGCUGACAGCGUUCAACAGUGGAUGCUUGGAAGGCUUCACAGGGAUCCUGAAGGACAGGCGGGGGUGUUAAACUUUCAGGGCAACAGUGAUUUUCAGACAAAUCGCACUUUCACGUGUCUGGGCGUACACGGACGCUUGGGGCUGAGUCUGUGUGGGGCUCCGACAAUAAGCAGUUACAGGACACGGUCAUCCUCGUUCCUGCCCCCAGGACACAUACCUGCAACCAGCAUGUGAAGGAAGGAAAGAAUUGCUCUGUCUUACGUUGUAGUAUAAUUUAAAAUGAAUUCUAUUGACAAAAGAAUGCUGAAGAAUGAAUGUGCUGAAAUGA